CGCAUCUUGUCUUAUGUAACCAAGCUCUGUUACAUGAAGAUAGAUAUACGCGUGUGGGAACUCUAACCCUUACCCUAUCAACGCGUGUAUCAAUUUAACCUUUUUGUUUUUUGAAAAUGUAUUUCCAACUGACAUGAAAGAUGAGGUCCUUUUGUUUCCAAAACCGUACCGCAACCAAUGCGUGUCAAUGUUCAUAUUAAGCGUCUGGGCUCUGAACAAAACACCACCGUACAGAAGACCCCUUCGUCCAAUGACUCUUAUGUUGCCAACCCUCAGGAGUUCAAUGCUCGGCUCGAGAAGCGAAUUGAAGUCAAGAGGGAGCCUCUUGGACACUCUAAACAAGCAGAAUUUGUCAAAGUCAUGGAGCAGGAGUUGGAGAAGCGUGACAAGCAGGCUGAUGGUUCAGGCAGAUUCACUAAAGACAAGACCCUAGGAUCUAUCCUGAACUUGGACUUGAUCCAGGAUAAUUCAGGAGAAGAAAUUGCAGAGCUGUGGAGGCAGUAUUAUGCCACAAAAGACACCAUCAGUGCUGUCAUACCAGCUCACACUUUUGAAGUAAUUUUCAACCGAGCUAAGUCGAACCCCGCGUUCCUGUAUGCGUUACCCCAGAAGGAGGGCUAUGAGUUCUUCCUGGGCCAGUGGUCGGACCACGAGCUCCAUUUCACCUCCCUCAUCAAUGUCCAGACCAUGGGAGAGCACGCCCCCAGUCAGUUGAUCCUCUACCACUACUCAGACUUGCAGAAGGAUAAGGGUGUGGUGCUCAUGACUGCUGAGAUGGAUCCUAAAUUUAUGACUGUACAUCUGGCUCAGUGCUUGGCCAAUCAGGUGCAGCUGUUCUACGGAACCCAGCGGCAGGAGACCUUCCGAUUGGUGGAGACCUUUAACCACAAACCAGCUGACUUCAAACACACGGCAGUGAUCGCAGAGUUGGAACAGAGUGGCAUCAAUCCUGCACUCACCUCCGGAAACUAGAUCUAAGAGUUGUCGGACUGUAAAAUGAUGCUCCAAUUCACCACAGGAUUGGAAUUGCCAGGGGACGUGGUCAUUCAUUUGGAGCCUCUUGCGUUUGCGGGAGAUAAUGGAUGAAGUCUGUUGCUUGGGACUUAUGACCUGGUUGAGCAGAUUCAUCAAUUAAAAUGUAUGCUAAAUUCCUGGGCAUAGAUGAUGUAAUGAGUCAAUGUUAUUUAAUCUUAUCAAAGCCUUAAAUGUUCUUCCUCACCUCGUCCCUGUCAAUCUUACAGUUGCACUUGACCGUAGUCUCAUCUUCCAUUUUUAGAGCCUAGGUUACGUCCCAAAAGCCACCCUAUUCCCUAAAGAUUGCAUUUGACCAGAGCCCUAUGAGCCCAGGUCAAGGGUAGUGCACUAAAAAAAGCAGAUUAGGGUGCCAUUUGGGACGCUAUCCCAGUAUUUUGUGUUUUCCGGUCGAAAUAUGCUUUUUAUUUUUGUGUAAAAUAACUGCAGGAAUUUUGCUUUCAAAACAUAAGGGAGUGUACAAUGAGAUUGCAUACAUACCUAUCUAGCUUUGUGGUUGACACAUGGAUGAACUGUGUGUGAUACAGUAAAAAAAAAAAAUGGUUAGACAA